AAUUCAUUAGCCAUGGAUGUAUUCAUGAAAGGACUUUCAAAGGCCAAGGAGGGAGUCGUGGCCGCUGCUGAAAAAACCAAGCAGGGUGUAGCAGAAGCAGCGGAAAAGACAAAAGAGGGUGUUCUCUAUGUAGGAUCCAAAACUAAGGAAGGAGUGGUUCAUGGUGUGACGACAGUGGCUGAGAAGACCAAAGAGCAAGUGACAAAUGUUGGAGAGGCAGUGGUGACAGGGGUGACUGCAGUAGCACAGAAGACAGUGGAAGGAGCAGGGAGCAUUGCAGCUGCCACUGGCUUUGGCAGAAAGGAUCAGUUGGGCAAGGAAGGGUAUCAGGAUUACGAACCUGAAGCCUAAGAAAUAUCUUUGCUCCCAGUUUCCUGAGAUCUGCUGACAGAUGUGCCACCCUGUACCAGUGCUCAGUUCCAACGUGCCCAGUCAUGACAUUUUCUCAAAGUUUUCAGUGUGUUUUGAAGAAGUCUUCCAUCAGCAGUGAUUGGAGUAUCUGUACCUGCCCCAACUCAGCAUUUCGGUGCUUCCCUCCCACCUAAUAUAUGAUAGCAGGGUCUCUGUGUGCUGUGGGUAUUGUGGCUUCAAAUCUAAAAUGUUAAAUUAAAUUAAAAACACCUAAGUGACUACCACUUAUUUCUAAAUCUCCACUAAUUUUUUGUUGCUGGCGUUGAAAAAUUGUGAGUGAUUUACUAUAAUAUAUUAUAAGAUUUUAAGGUGUCUUUUAACGAUUCUAAAUAUAUUGAUGUAUUGUGAAAUUUAAUACAUAUAAUACUUAAAUACGUGAGCAUGAAACUAUGCACCUAUAAAUAUUAACUAUAAAAUGUUUCGUGAUGUGUUUUAUCUUGUGUUUGUAUAUAAAUGGUGGAAAUUAAAAUAAAAUGUUCUCAUUACAAAAAUCUUAUUUUUAUGCCAUCUCACUUAAAUAAUAAAACCAUGCUUAUAAACAACAUGCAAUGAGAGCUGACAGACACAAUUAAAGUUCUUAAUGGCCAUUUGAAGGAGGAUAGAUUUUAGAGCAGUUUAAAAAGACGAGAUGAAACAUUAACCCUUUACUGUGGGAAUUC